AUGAUACCAAUGCGCCUUCUCGUCACUCUGGCCAGCCUCCUCCCGUUGGCUGUAGCUGAAUGUUCCAAGCCAUGCAUGAGCCGAUGUGCCAGGGCGUUACUUGGCCCUGUUGGCAGUACCUUGCAGAAAGAGUCCUGUGUCGCAUUCCUAGAACAAGGUGAAGACGCCACAGUUCCUGUUGAGCUGCAUGAUGUGUGCCGUUCAAAAAAGGCCUAUUCUCGUGCCUGUUCAUGCAUCGGAGUCUCGCCAACCGUGUCGCCAUCCUCAUCCGCCACGGCUCACACACCCUCAGUUAGCCAGCCUAGUACCCCAGAUUUCUCGGCUACGCCAAGCUCUUCCAACACACCAAUCUCUUCGACUGCCCUAGCCACCUCAGAUACUCCGGUAUCUACAACUACUCCAGUAUCUACAGCUACUCCAGAGUCCUCAGCUACUCCAGAGUCCUCAGUUGCUCCAGAGUCCUCAACUACCCCAGAGUCUUCAACUACAGCAAUCUCUUCAACCACCCCGGUCUCCACCACUAUUUCAGAGUCUACCCCGCCAGCCUCGUCCACUACUCCAAUCUCUUCUACUACCCCAGAAUCCUCAACCAUUCCCAUUUCUUCAACCACGACGAGCGCUGCCCCCGUCCAGACCGACUUCUACGACAUAACAGUUUAUGUUCAGGGUGAUCCUAUACCGCAUGACACCGGGUUCCGGGCGAUAUCCAGCGGUUUCGCGCUUAGCUGGAACUACGUUCCUACCGUGCCUGGGAAAUUAGGUAUUGAGCCGGGGACCGGCCGCCUCUACGCUCUGCUCGACGGCACAACCGACAAGCUAUGGGGCUCUACCGCCCUACCUCUGAAGGGAUCUCUUCUUCUUAGCUUCUGGACCCCUGCCCAGAUUGACGCAUACGGGGGUUCAAUCGUCUAUGUGAAAUGCGCCCGUGAUGCAGAUGGCUACGUGACUUGCGGUUACGAGGACCAGGACCUGGCCAGGCUUCAGCCUGGUCAGAACCAGAAUGUCGUGCUGGGGAAACAUGCCAACGCGGGAGCUACAGCAAUCAGUAUGCUUGAAUACCCAGUCCCUGCUGGCUACCCUACAGUACAACUGUUACUCAAAUAA